AUGUUCAAUUUAGUAACUAGAGCACAAGCUGCAGCCAAUCUGGCCUUGACUUCAUCUAUAGUGAUAACAUCAGUAGUGAUAGUGUUGACAUUGUUGCAAUUGUAUAAAGACAAUGUAUGGUCACUUAACACCACUUCAAUAACUAAUAUAAGACCAACAGCAUCAAUUAAGCAAUCAUUUCAUUAUGGUUCUUUAAAUAGGAAACCAAAAGAAAAUGCUAAAAUCCAAUUUGAUUUAAGUACAGAUUUGACUCCAUUAUUUAAUUGGAACACUAAACAAAUUUUCAUAUAUUUGACUGCUGAAUAUCCUGGUAAAAGUGAAGGAUCCAGUAAUAAAGUGACAUUUUGGGAUAAAAUUAUAACUAAUAAAGAUGAUGCUAAUUUAACUUUAUCCAAUCAAAGAGGGAAAUAUUCUGUUUGGGAUGUUGAAAAAUCAUUUAGAGGUAGAAAUGCAACGGUUAGAUUAGAAUGGAAUAUACAACCCUAUGUGGGACCAUUAAUUUUUGGAUCUACUGAAGGAUUUGGUGAGUUCCAAUUUGCUGAUACUCAAAAAAAGAAAGAAUCAACUAAAAAUACUUGA